AUGAUGGUCACUGCGAGAACCCCCUGGGGCUGGUUCCUGGGGCAUCUCUUCCUCGGGGUCACAGGAUCCUUAGCCUCAAGUGCCAGCGGCCGGAUCAUACAAGGCCAGGACUGCCGUCCUCACUCGCAACCCUGGCAGGCGGCACUCUUCUCAGAAGACAAUUUGUUUUUCUGCUCGGGCGUCCUGGUGCAUCCGCAGUGGGUGCUGUCAGCAGCACACUGCUUACAGGAUUCCUACACCGUGGGACUGGGCCUGCACAGCUUGGAAGGCUCCCAAGAGCCUGGCAGCCGGAUGUUAGAGGCCCACCUCUCCAUCCAGCACCCGAACUACAAUGACCCUCCUUAUGCCAACGAUCUCAUGCUCAUCAAGCUCAACGAAUCAGUGAUGGAGUCUAGCACCAUCAGACGCAUCCCUGUGGCUUCCCAGUGCCCCACCCCUGGGGAUACCUGCCUAGUCUCCGGCUGGGGUCGACUAAGGAACGGGAGACUGCCCAGCCUGCUGCAGUGUGUGAACCUCUCGGUGGUGUCGGAGGAGACUUGCCGGCUGCUGUAUGACCCUGUGUAUCACCUAAGCAUGUUCUGCGCUGGAGGAGGACUGGACCGAAAGGACACAUGCAAUGGGGACUCUGGGGGUCCCAUAGUAUGCAACAGAUCCCUGCAAGGGCUCGUGUCUAUGGGACAAGGAGAGUGUGGGCAGCCUGGCAUACCGAGUGUCUACACCAACCUCUGCAAGUUCACUAACUGGAUCCAAACCAUCAUUCAGACCAGCUAG